AUGCCAAAACGCCAGAAGCAUCAGACUGCGCAGCAUACUCUGCCGCCGGGCCGAUUCAAAGCUUUGUACGAGAAGGCGCUUGAGCCUCCAAGAGCAGAUGCAGGAACACCCUACGAUGUCGAUCAGAGCACUAUCGAUCAAGUAGCAAAGCCGCCGAAGCUGAGGCAGAAGCGACGCACGGUUGAUGAGCGGGAGGCUGCCCUGGAGGUGUGCACACAUAAUGAGGUUCUGCGGAAAGUGCCCGACCAUGGUCUCGAAGCAGAAGCCAUCAGACGCUUGAAUGACCUCUUCAAUAGAGAUAUGGUGCAUCUUGGGCCCGAUCUCAUCUUCAAAGCAUUCCGUGACCUCGAUACGGUAUUCUUCGCCGGCCAUCUUUUUCGCUACGUCGACGUGCGAUGGUCGCCGAGCGUGACUCACAUGGCAGUCUAUGGUCACGUAGAGCACGGUGAAAACGGUACCGCUCAUAUUAUCAUGGACGCCAAUAAAUGUUUCUUGCAGUCGAGAGAGUUGAAUCCCUACUUGGAGGUUUUUGAGACGCUGUUGCAUGAGAUGACGGACGACGUCUGUGGUUCCGAAAGCGCCGAUCAUGUUGCAAGCGACGACCGGAAUGCCGAUACAUGGAACAACAAUGACAUCGCGGGCUGGUUUUCUCAAGCUCUCGAGCUUUACGAAGAAGCCAAUUGGACAUGGCCCGGAGGAACGCAUCAACCAAAUAUCCAGAGCGUCAUCCUGAACAUGAUGGGCAACGACGGUAGCGAACAGUGCGAUGAAAUCACAGUCUCUGUCUGCAGUGGGACAGGCCUGCCUUGGGAGAAAUGCAAACAACACCCUGAAGCCACCUUCGUUUGGUUUGCGACCACACAUUGGGCGCAAUUCCUGAGCAAGAUGCAGAGCUCUCUCACCAUCACCCACAGUGCAGUUGAAGGUUUGACCUCAAACAUCGUCAAGAAAUUCUACACACCGCAAGAUGACCCCACCAAGCUGAUCGUCCCCAUAUCCGUCGUCUCCGGUAUUGCAGGGGCAAUUUCGGUGGUGUUUCCCCCUGCAGGUCUUGUUGCGGGCGCCGGAUCGGUCGCAAACGGGAUCUUGACCCAGGCUGGUUUGGACAAAGCAGACCCUCUAGAGCAAUGGGCAGAAGUCACAGACGCGGUCGCAAACGCUUUCAUAGCGCUCACUGAUGGCUUUACCAAGACCUUUGACCAUACCCUCAAGCAACUUCCCCCUCAAGGCGGGACAGUCGGAGACCUCAAACUCACAAAACAUAUCAGUCAAACCAAGUAUACAGACGACCCGUUCCAGCUGCCUCAGAUCCUUUCUCAUGGUGGCUAUGCAAAGACCCCCGCCGUCGGCACCAUGAACGACGGCGUCUUUGGCGGCUUGGUCGCUACAGCUGUCAAUGCGCUCUGGGCAACCGAGAAGGUCUUCAUCAUGAUACUGACCGACGAAGCAUGGGGCAAGGGGCCAGGCCAAGCAUGUAAAGCCCUGGAAAGCAUGACAGAAUGUAUCAACGGUGUCGCGCACAUUCUCUUCCGCUGGAUCGUCAGCGCCACAAAAGCACCCGUUGUGCCAAACGCGAUGGCAAAUCCGACAGAGCUAGUGGCACGAGACUGGUAUGUGUGGGGAGCAUACGAAGCCGGUCCAUCACGCGGCGGUGAUGCCAACGCCAACAACAUGAACCAGUACCACCUCAGCAGAACUGACGUCAUCCUCUCGGCCGUCAAGACCUUCAACGAGAAGGGCUUCCCCUUCAAGGAUCAGAAUGCGGCUACGGUGCAGCAUCUGCAGGACAAUCCGCUCGAGCUGAAGCAGAGUGAUCUGAUGUUCUUCAGCUUGCCGAUUUGUGAUCUGGGCGCUAUCAUGGGCGCGGGGAAGCAUAUCGAUUGGGAUGUUGGUGGGGAGGAUAAGCAUCCGAUUGAGGUCUAUGGGGCGUGUACGUGCAUUCAGGGGAAAGGCUGGCCAGCGGAUUAUGGGCUGAGUGGGGGGUUGCCGAAGAAUAUUUGUAAUUCGCAUUGGAAGGAUAAUCCGUCUGCGUAG